AUGGCCGCAGAAAACGAUGAGGAGCCGAAGGACAAUCGGCAGCUACACCUCGAAGAAGAGGAUUGUCUCAUCAAAAUGGAACGGGCCGAGACGGAGAUGCGUUCAGCACAAGCUGCCCUCCAACACGAGAUAUAUGUUGCCAGGAUGAUCCGGAGAACGAUCGACCGCUUCAACAACGAACAGGAAGCCCGACUCGUGAAUGCGUGGAAGGCCGAGGAUCUCGAGCGCGCUGCACCCGGAUACACCCUGUCGGCGCCAAACCCAAUAUCGAAG